AUGUUGUUAAAGCAAACUUAUAAUUACUAGAUGAUCCUGUAUUACUUUUAACUUUAUUAGGAGCAAUAAUACUAAUUGAGCCAUGCUUAUCAACAGGGGAAAAAGAGAGUUCUAAUUUCUUUUUUCCGCUUAAAUUCUAUAUAAGGGCUUAAUCAUCUUAAAUUUAGCUUAGGAAUUUCUCCUACUAAUUCAACGAUUAAAUAAUAACAUCAUUCUUUGAAGAUAUCAUUGAAGAUAUUUAUUUAAAAAGAUUUGAUAAGUUAUCUAAAAGAUUCUAUAAAUCAUUACUUGAGUAAUCAAUAGAAUUACUGUUAUCUUAUUUACUUGUGCUUAUGUUGCUACUAUUUGAUCCUACAGACACUGACUAUUAUGCUAUUAUAGAAGACACGCCUAUUACAGGUCCUUAUGAUGUUUGUGCUGGUUGCUAGGAUGAAUUUGAAGAGCCAGAAGAAGCUGGAACAUAAGCUCCUUAAGAGAUAGAAUUAAUGCAAUCCUCUGGGAUAAUAUCAAAUAACUAUUCAACUACUUAUUGCAGAUUGCCAAUUGUUUUUGUUGAGUAGAUUAUCUUCUAAAGCAAAGAUUCCAUUUGAUUUUAUUACUUUGCAAAACAUCCUCAAGGAUUUGUUAACGACUGGAAAUUAUUAAAUUUAAAAGCUCCUAUUGCAUUCUUUAGUAGCUGCUUUCGCCAUAACUGCUACUUAAUUCUGA